ACUGCGGUUUCCCCGUCAUGCUCCGCGCCUGCGCCGCUGCCGUCGCACGCGUGUCCGUCCCCUGUUGUGUCGUACGUACGUUGUUCAUUGAAAGAGCCUCAACAUGGCAUCCGACGGACCGCCAGGGACCGAGUCUCUCCCGGCCGAUUUGGGGACUGCUAUCGCGGCCUUGAACACAUGGAGCAACCCGGAGCUUCAGGGCAAGCUGGCGGAGCUGGGCGCGCCCACAAUGGGUCCCAGAGAGGAGCUGAUAGACAGGCUGAAAGGAUACAUGAUGCAGACUGGCAUCCUGCUCAGCAAACCCAAUGAAGACAAGCCAAUGGGCUCCCAGAUGCCAGGAAUCCCUCCCAUGCCCCCGAUGCCCAUGCCACCCAUGCCCCCUGGUAUGGGGAUGCUCCAGGCUAUGAGUAUGAUGUCUGGAGGGCCCCCGCCUCCUGGCAUACACAUGGGCAUGGAGCCGCCGCCAGGCAUGCCCCCUCCCAGCAUGUCACAGGAGGAUCAGCUGAAGAUGGCUCAGCAGAGAGCGGCACUGAUGCUGCAGCAGGAGGAGAGAGCCAAACACCAGGGCGAUUCUCGUGUCAUGGACGAGCAUAUGAAAGAGCAGGAGCUUCUGGAGCAGCAGAAAAGGGCUGCGGUGCUGCUGGAGCACGAGCGACAGCAGGAGCUGGCUAAGAUGCAGCAGGGCACGGGGCCUGUGCCGGGGUCGGUGCCGGGCCCCAGGGUGACUGAUGCCAACUCCAGGCCCCCCAUGAUGCCCUCUAUGCCUCCCAGCAACAAUGCAAGAGGCAUGGAUCCUCGCGGCCCGCUGCCUCCUGGUGUGAGUAUGAUGCCCAGCCAGAGACAGAGGGUGCCCCCGCCUCCAGGAGAGGACAACAGAGAGGCCUGGCAGGGAGAGGAGGCGAGCGUCACCGGGCCCAAGAUCCCUCAGGCUCUGGAGAAGAUCCUGCAGCUGAAGGAGAUCAGACAGGAGCAGCUCACCGACCCCACAGAAGAGGAGGAGGACGAUGAAGACGAGGGAGCAGAGAUGGACAUGACCGGCUCCUCUGCUCCUGUCAUGUCUGAGACAGAUGAGGAGGACGGUCAGACGUCAAAGAAAGAUAAAAACCGCAAGCGCAGGAACCGCAAGAAGAAGAACAAGAAGAAGCGUGCUCAGGAGAAGCGGGAGCAGGCAGAGCAGCAGCAGCAGCCGAAGGACGUCAACGAGAAAGAGAAAGAGAAGGAGAAGGAGAAGGAGCCGGAGGUGGAGAUCGAGUAUGUCACAGAGGAGCCGGAGAUCUAUGACCCCAACUUCAUCUUCUUCAAGAGGAUCUUUGAGGCGUUCAAGCUGACUGACGAUGUGAAGAAAGAGAAAGAGAAGGAGCCCGAGAAAGCAGAGAAGCCAGAAACGGCCAUUCUGAGGAAGAAGGGAUUUGAGGAGGAGAAGAAAGACAGCGAUGAUAGCGAUGAGGAAAUCAGAGAAGAUGCACCCAAACUGUCCAAGAAGAAGCUGAGGAGGAUGAACAGGCUGACUGUGGCUGAACUCAAACAGCUGGUAGCUCGCCCAGACGUGGUGGAGAUGCAUGACGUGACGGCCCAGGAGCCGAAGCUGCUGGUGCACCUCAAAGCCACCAGAAACACGGUUCCGGUGCCGCGCCAUUGGUGCUUCAAGAGGAAGUACCUGCAGGGCAAGAGGGGCAUAGAGAAGCCACCUUUCGAGCUGCCGGAGUUCAUCAAGAGGACCGGCAUCCAGGAGAUGAGGGAGGCCCUGCAGGAGAAGGAAGAUGCCAAAACCAUGAAGACCAAAAUGAGGGAGAAGGUUCGUCCCAAGAUGGGCAAAAUUGACAUUGACUACCAGAAGCUUCACGACGCCUUCUUCAAAUGGCAGAUGAAGCCAAAGCUCACCAUCCACGGAGAUCUUUACUACGAGGGUAAAGAGUUUGAGACUCGUCUGAAGGAGAAGAAGCCAGGUGAUCUCUCUGAUGAGCUGCGCAUCGCUCUGGGAAUGCCUGUUGGACCUAACUCCCACAAGGUUCCUCCUCCUUGGCUGAUAGCCAUGCAGAGGUACGGCCCUCCUCCCUCCUAUCCCAACCUCAAGAUCCCAGGACUCAACUCCCCCAUCCCAGAGAGCUGUACCUUUGGUUACCACGCCGGAGGCUGGGGGAAGCCGCCAGUAGAUGAGAUGGGCAAGCCUCUGUACGGAGACGUGUUCGGGACCAAUGCCGGAGAUUUCCAGGCCAAAGCAGAGGAAGAGGAGGUGGAUCACACACCGUGGGGAGAGCUGGAGCCAUCAGAUGAGGAGUCGUCAGAGGAAGAGGAGGAGGAGGAGAGCGAUGAGGAGAAACCAGACGAAACCGGAUUCUUCACACCAGCCGACAGUGGGCUGAUCACCCCAGGAGGCUUCUCUUCUGUCCCGGCCGGCAUGGAGACUCCAGAGCUGAUUGAGCUGAGGAAGAAGAAGAUUGAGGAGGCCAUGGACGGGAAUGAGACGCCGCAGCUGUACACCGUGCUGCCAGAGAGGAGAACGGGGGCUGUAGGAGCCGCCAUGAUGGCCUCCACACACAUCUACGACAUGUCGGGGGCCAUGGCGGGUCGCAAGGCAGGCGGUGGGCAGGAGUCGCAGGGCGUGGAGGUGGCCCUGGCCCCUGAGGAGCUGGAGCUGGACCCCAUGGCCAUGACCCAGAAGUACGAGGAGCACGUCAGGGAGCAGCAGGCCCAGGUGGAGAAGGAGGACUUCAGCGACAUGGUGGCCGAGCACGCCGCCAAACAGAAGCAAAAGAAGAGGAAGGCCCAGCCGCAGGACACACGAGGCGGUGCCAAGAAAUACAAAGAGUUCAAGUUCUAGAGCCGCAACACAGACGCGAAAAGGAAGUGACCCGAAAAGCCGAGCCGCAGCAGGAAAUCGAAGAGGAAGAGCGGCCCUCAGAUUUUAAACCCCAGAGAAUGCAGACUGCAACACCACUCAUCUGCUACACCAGUGACAGUAAACACACCGUUUGUCUUUAUUUUAGCUGUAUAAAUGAGCGAUGCUUACAUGAUGCAUCAGCUUUUGGUGUCAUGUGAAGACAGCGAUGUUUCCUCCAUUUGUUUAACCGUAUUAUUUUACAUCUUGGUUAUUUGUUUCUUCUUUGUAGCCCUGCUUUUUGGUUUGUUUGUUUUUGUUUUUUUUUUGUAAAUAAAAAUGAUUUGAAUUCACA